CCUCACACCCACACCCACACUCAAACCCCACACCAACACGCCACAGCCACCCACACCCACAAUACAUUUUUUCUCGUUUUGCUUGUUUAUUGAAGUUUCCUGUUAUACAUUGCUUGAAUGGGAUUGGCUUUCUAUAAAUCUUCGGAUUUUUUAUAACGAGGUUCAUUUAAGUGAAAAUGGCCAGUAGAGCGAGCUUUUCUUGCCUUUUUUACGCGGAAAUAAAUAAUGAUGACAAUUGUUAGUAAGGUUGUCAGCAAAGCAGUAAUGGAUAUGCCUAAUAUGGCUUUGUUGUUUUUUGCUGCUACAGAUGACGCUGCUGUUGUUGUUUGAUAUUGAUUAUAUAAGGUACCAUCCCCAAAGCUUACAGUUCCAUUCAGAUUACUAAUCGAGAAAAAUGGCGGCAAAACAAUCAGGGGCAUUGAUUUGUGACUGAAUCUUUGUAAUUGCAUACAUACAGAUAACACACAGUCUCCUUCGAUAAUACCGAUUGCAUAUGAAGUAUAACCCUCUAAACAUUCUGACUCAUUACUUUUUAAUUCAACAUUCGCAUAAUUGCACGAAUAGAAUCCGCCAAACAUGGGUAAUUUGUUGGUAAUGAUAGCUCUUUCGACCAGACAUACACGAACAUCAUUGGCAACAAUCACUGCUCGAAAUGGUUUCGGACAUGAAAACGUAUCUGUUGUGGGGUUUACUUUUUGAUUUGUAAAAAAGCCUCCAAAUAAAUAGUCCUGAGGACUUUUCAAGUUCACUGAGUAUUCUAUUGGUGUAUCGUCGCGCUUUUUGCAUACAUAUAAUACUAUAUCGAUUUUGUUAGUACCGACGUAAUCAUCACUACACCACACCCAAACCCAACAAUUUUUGUCAGUCUCACUUAUAUAUAUGGUGUAUUGAUGUAAAACAUGUCUCUCAAAACCAGGUGGACAUUCUUGUAGUAGCGUAUAAUAGUUGUUUCGUGUAUACAUGUUGCACCUUCUAGAAUAAGGAAAAAUACUGGUAGAUAUAGGAGUAUACACACAAAUUCUGUCAUAAAACGGGCUUCUUAUUCGAAGGAGAUAACUGUGGACAUUUAUGAACGUAUGAGCAUGAUAGAUUAUAUCGGUGUGAGGUGCGCGAUGCUGAGAGUGCAUGACUAUUCAUGUUUCCAUGAAUAUAAUAGCUAAAAAGAAAAGUUCUAAAUGCAUGUAUUUUGAAAAAGAGAGUCAACCUAUGCCUUAUUCAGUGAGAUUUGACUUACUCAUAACUACACUCUAAAAAAUUUCCGUCUCCUAGGAAACUAAAAUCAGUUCGGAAACCCUUUCGAAAACCUUUUUUGGUUUCCGAAAGGGUUUCCGAUCAUUGAAAUCGUUUUCGAAAAUACCUUAUUGGUUCCCGAGGUUUCGGAAACCUUUUGGUUUUCGAGAGUACCGAAUUCGAUGCGCGUAGGGUAUUCUAGAAUACCUUUUCAUCAUUGGCGCAAACCAAAUGAGUAUUUUCGGAAACCUGUUGGGUAUUUUAGGAAACCAAUUCUGUCCUAAAAGUUGUUUGGGUAUCUAAAGAGGUAUCCGAGAAUACCUUAUCGGUUUCCGAAUCACUAUCUCGGAAACCUCAAGAGUUUCCGAAAGCUCGGAAACCCUAACUCGUACCCGAGAAUACCUUUUUGGUUUCCGAAUCACUUUCUUGAAAACAAAAAGAGUUUCCGAACUACUUUCUCGGAAACCUAAAGAGAUUUCGAAAGCUCGAAAACCCUAAGUGGUACUCGAGAAUAUCCUUUCGGUUUCCGAAUCACUUUCUCGGAAACCAAAAGCGUUUUCGAAUGGCUUUCUCGGAAACCUAAACGGUUUCUGAAAUUUCUGAAAUUCGAAAAGGUAUAGUGAAAAACAGAAAUCAGCUUUCCAACUUCACUUAACUACUGCACACUUUCUAGGCUUGGAAACUUUCACAAUGAGUCUCUGAAGCGUUUUAGAGCACAACAAUUUUUCCAAUGCAGAAAGUUCGCGUUUCAAAUUCAUGUUUGGGUCAUGGUUCUGUUCUUCAUUUCUGGAAUUCUUAGAGAAUCGAAAGCACUUAGAGCUUUCAUGCAACAUGUUUGAUUAUAUAUGUGCAGUUCAUAGCUUUCAAUAAAAAUAAACUUAAAUCUAUUUUUUUUUCUUUAUUUAGGUCUAUAUGAAUGUCCAUUACUAAUUCUGGUAAGUGUAUAUGAAUAUCCAUUAAAAUGUCGGGUCAGGGCUGCCAACCGUACCCAUUUUGGGGGGUACAUAUUUUGUACCCCAUUUCGAUUUUUAAGUCUGGAAUGUGAUAAAACACCAUAUCAAGGUCUAUAUGAGUGUCCAUCAAUAAUUCUGGUCUAUAUGAAUAUCGAUUACAAUUUCUGGUCUGUAAUGAAAUUGCAUUAA